AAAAGACCAUCGAUUGGGACUAUCUCCCAGCACGUCAAGCACCUCCAGUCGAGCGCCUUGGGUUGGUCGCAGGGAAGGAAGGUACUGUCCACACCUCCUCCGGCCAGAGGCCAACUCCACCGUUCCCAGAAGCCGGGGCUACGGUUCUCCAGCCCGCCCGCUCCGGCCCUAGUUAGGUGGCCACUGCUGGUAAUAAAGGAUUAACAUCCGGGCCUCUCCUAACCGACAACCACCACCGAACCCCGAAGGAGCCCCGGCUCCCGAGCAACCGCCGGCGUCGGGCAGCAGGGCCCCGCCCCCGCCCCUGCUGAUUGGAGGGUGACGUGAGCGCCAGCGAGCGAUUGGUACGUGGUGUCACAAAGAGGCGGGGGCGCGGCUGCGAAGCGUUGCUGGUGUGUGCCUGCCGCGGCAUAGCUCGCGGGGGCCUCACCUCUCUAUGGGCUUGCGGGCUGGCGAGUGAGUGGACGAGAGCAGGUUCAAUACUCAAAACAUGAACAACGAUAUAUAUUACCAAUGUUCAAAGCUGAUUUGGCUAGAACUGGAAUACAGUUGCCUGCAACAUAUUCCAGAGGAAUUAGAAAAGUCAAAAUAAUGGAUAACAGAAAAGAUCCUCCAUUCUUCAAUGAAGAUAAUGUGGGACCAUUUUACUACAAACUUCCUUUCUAUGAUACCAUGGAGCUCUUCAUUGAAACAUUGACUGGAACAUGUUUUGAGCUGAGAGUUUCACCCUUUGAAGCUAUUAUUUAUGUGAAAGCAAAAAUUCAAAGAUUGGAAGGUAUUCCCAUCUGUCAGCAGCACUUAAUUUGGAAUAACAUGGAACUGGAAGAUGAUUAUUGCUUGAGUGAUUACAACAUUUCAGAAGGUUGUACCUUGAAGCUGGUAUUGGCUAUGCGUGGUGGACCUAUAAAUACUAGAAGAGUUCCUAUGGAAGAUCCACUUAGGGAGAUGACUGAAUACAUGGAUUCCAGUCGAGAUGAGGGCUGGGAGAAGACCUCCUGCAACAAACAAGUUACAUUUUUGGUAUAUCGAGAAGGAGAUCAAUUGAAUUUCUUUCGUGUAGUGGAUAGGGGAGACGGCACUUUAACACCAUUAUCUGAAUCUUUAAGUGGUGGUUCUGUGUAUAAUUUACAUGCUGAUGAAGAUGAGGAAAUUGAGCCUUCUCCUUCUGGACAACAGAUAAUUGAAAAUUCAAUAACUAUGAAUAAGAUGAAGCUGCUGAAGGCUAAGAUGGAGAACAUGAAUCUCAGCAAAAAGCCUAAGAAAGCCAUCAAGGUAAAACCUCGUCCACCUAUAGCUCCUCGACCUUCAAGUUGUUCCACGGCAGCUGCUCGCCACAGAUUGCUAAGGGUUCUCCCCCACAUCGGGCAGUCUUGUUUACCUUCUCCUAGAAACGCAUGUCUACAUGACUCAACCAGCAAUGCAAUUUCAAGUUUGGGAACUCUGCCCCCUGCUGAUAGACCCAUAUCCUCUAUUGCUAGUGAUUUUCUUAAGGAAGAUGAUAACUGGGAGAGUAACACACUGUCUCAUUCCAAUAGUGGCUUCACACUACCACCUGAGAUAUGCCAUACAGAGUCGGAAAGUGACAAAGAGCUUGCUGAUUCCGUUGCCCAUCUUGGAUCAUCCCUGCCUAGGCGGACAAAACUCUUUUCAGGGAAUUUUCCGUCUAAUAAUGAGGAUGACACUGUUUUAUUUUCAACUUCAGAAGAGUGUGUAACUGAAGAAUCACUUUUACCUGAAGUGGGUUCAUUUGCUUCAUGUACAGAAGGAAAUGCUGAUGAACAGAGCAGUGGCUUAGGAGGCACGCGCAAGGUAAAUCGAGAGUUCUUACUCACUAACGAUGAUAAAGGGUUGAAAGCUACAGAGCAGCAUCUUAAACAUGUUGCAAGAGUGUUGAGUGGUGAAUCAGUAGAGACUACAGUUCUCAACAACCGUGACUUAAGUCCUCACAAGAAUAGACUCUUAUCACCUCUUCGCUGUUCUGCACCAAUGGCACUCCAUAAUUCUCUGGUGAAACCACAGAGACGGUCCAAAUGUUUUGAGUCUGGUAACCUCCAGUCUUCUGCUUCACAAAAUGUGCUUCGGUCAUUGGAUGUUCGAAAUAUAGCUGAUUCUUCUUUCUCUAGGACUACUCGUUUUCGAGCUGUUAAAGUUGAUUCACCUGGGAAAAGAUCUGAUGUUAUUUCUAAAGUUGAGGCUCGGGAUAUCACAGAAAUGGCUAACAAGGCUUCCAAAGAGCCUGUUGGUUGUGUAAAUAAUAUAGGUUUUCUUGCGUCACUAGCCCGGAGCGCAAGCAGAGACAGCUUACAGAGCACACGUGGGGCAGGCAGGCUUCGGACCUCUGGAACUGGGCUGUCUACAAACCUCCAGCAUUUUCAGGAAGAAAGCCUUAGGAAAAGUUCUCCCCAGUUAGAACCUUCCGAAUUUUUUCUAUCUACCCGUGGUACUGGAAUGAAUGGAAAUAAUACAGCAACAGGGAAAAGAGUAGGAGAAUGUACUCAUCACCUCCCACCUGUGAAAGCCCCUAUUCAAACAAAGAAGAAAACAGCAAAGCAUUGUUUUCUUUGUGGAAAGAAAACUGGACUGGCUACUAGCUACGAAUGCAGAUGUGGAAACAACUUCUGUGCAUCUCAUCGCUAUGCAGAAACUCACAGCUGCACAUAUGAUUAUAAGAGUGCAGGGAGGAGAUACUUACAGGAGGCAAAUCCUGUGGUUAAUGCACCAAAACUUCCAAAAAUCUAACUCUUGCUCUGCGCAUGACUGUUCUGCAUGAGGAAUCGUAUUACAAUGACAGAAGAAAAAUCGUUUAGACUGCAUUAUUUUUGUUCGACUCCAAAGAUUUGCCAAAUAAUGAAAGCAUAUAAUGCAUACCAUUGGAAAAUGAAAAGGCUGCUGUAAUUGACAUCUUUAUUCUUUGGUGAAUCACAAAUUUUAAAAGUAGUUUAAAAAUCUUUAUAAUGAUUUAACUUUGUUAUUGCAUGUCUUGUGUUAAGUAUUUUAUAUUUGAUAUUGCAAUUUUACUGGACAAAUCUUCAAAAGAUGCACUUUAGGAAGUUAACAUUGACCAUGUAACCAGCUUUUACAUUAUACAGAAAUGAGCUGUCAUGUAAUGGCUCUACUCAAAUCU